AUGGCGGAGCCAAGCCAGGCAGCUCGCGCGUCGGGAGAGGAAAAGAAGGAGGAACGGGAAGCCAUGGGUUCGCCAGCUCCGAAGGAAACUUCAGAGGGUAAAAAGAGGGGACAUGAGGCAGAUGAUGAUGCUCUGGUGUUCAAGAAGCCUCGAACUCCGGAGGAGAAUUUUGAACUCAUGGCACGAUGUACCAAGGAGCUCAUCACUGCGACGAAGGUCAUCAAAGAUAUGUUGGAAGUGAUCCAAGGGCAGGAUGACAUCGGAGAGGCAAUUACAUCAGCCGCAAAUGCCACCAGAAAGGAGCUUGAGGGACUGAUCCAUGGGAUUGCAGCGACGGAGAAGGGCAUCGCUUACUACGCAUCGACCACUUUCGGACACAUGGUCAUGCGCAUGGAUGAAAUGUUCAAGGACAUCGUCGGGAUUCACGAAGUUCAAGUUGUUCUGGCGAGCCAUCAACCACUGUUGCUGGAAGAAUUCAAGAAGUUGAACCAGCAUGAGCAUGCCGCUGCAGUGCGACCGGAGUCUGCUUCGAGCAGCCGUCCGGAGUAUGGCUAUCCACCCCAACAGCCUCAAAAUGGAGUCAGGUCCGCCUUUUUGGUGGCCGGAGAGACCAUGAGUACGUGGGCAAUGCGUUUGCGCUACUGUCACUGCGCUGCCCUUCCUGUGACAGCACGACUUCCUUUGCAAGGACGAUUCCUGCCUGUCACUGAAGGUGUGACCCGUUACCUUGUCGUGUCCUUUGGGCUCAGCAGGAAAACCAUAGGUCCACUGCUGAACUGCUUUCAGGCUUGGCCAGGCUUGCUGGAGCAAAGUGAGGAGGACGGGCUGGCAGGGCGUGUUGAUGCCAUCAGCAAGGAGUCCUGCCUGGAGUUGCUGGUGUCACAACCACGCAGCAUUGCUGACUACACUGUCAAACUUCUGUGGGAACAAGAUGGACUUGUUGCAGUCAACAAGCCGUAUGAUAUGCGCAUUGAUCUACCAAAGGACGGCUCACGUCGCUGGGAGGAGGAGCUUACGGUCGCAGAUUGGUUUCAGACCCGAUUUCCCGGCCAAAAAGUUCGCUUUUGUCACCAAUUGGACCAUGCUACCUCUGGAGUCCUGCUAAUGGCAGCAAACAAGGCAGCCGGACGGGUCGGGAGUCAGCUCUUUGAAAAGCGCCAGGUGCAAAAGACGUACCUGGCUCUUGUGCUCGGUCAGCCUUCGUGGGAUGGUGAAGUUUGCCUCUCCGAUCGCCUCUGCGACAGCGAAGGGUUUGCUCGGAGGGUGGCACUGGAAGGAGAAGCUGGGGAAGAGGCUGAGACUCUGGCGGAAGUUGUAAGAUUCGGCCUUUGGCCCAAAGGCGCAAGCCCCAGUCGACUGCCUAAGCUUCCUGCGGCUCUGGUGCAAUUGAAACUCAUCACCGGUAGGCGUCAUCAGAUCCGUUUGCACCUGGCGGCGGCGGGCUUCCCUGUGCUUGGGGAUGACACCUAUGGAGGCAAUCCUUGGUCCGAUCGUGCUGGCAGCUAUCGCAUGUUCCUCCAUUCGCAUCGGUUGGUCUUGCCCUUGGACGAUGCUUGCAUCGAGGCACCCUGCAGCUUUGAAGAAGAGUUGGAGGAGCCAGAAAGCUAG